AUGAUCUUCAUUCCCUUCCUUCCACCUCCUGACCUGAACGGGAAAGGUCAGCUUAAAGACACUGAGGAAUUUGUUGUUUUGUCUGACACCAUGGAGAACCCAUCCAAUGGCACAGGAUUGCCCAGGGAACCUGCUGGUCCCCAAGGGUCUUGGAGGAGCCAGUUCCAGAGAGCCCUGGCCUGUUUCACCAAGUCCUUCAGGUGA